AGUGGCUGGUAAGAUGGCUGAUUAUAAACUUGGGAAAGUCAUUAACGAAGGAAAGACAAAAAAGGUUUAUGAACUUCUGAAUGAUCCUACGUUAUGUUUGCUGGAAAGCAAAGAUCGCAUUACCGCUGGUGACGGCGUAAAGUCUCAUGCAUUAGAAGGCAAAGCAACGAUUAGCACAUCUACCACCAUAAAGGUCUUCGGAUUGCUUAAUCAAGCUGGUAUACAAACAGCUUACGUCAAAUCCGCCGGUCCAAAGUCUUUCAUAGCGAAGAAAUGUGAUAUGAUACCAAUUGAAUGGGUUACUAGAAGGCAGGCAACUGGUAGCUUUCUAAAAAGACAUCCCGGGGUACCUGAGGGCUACAGAUUCAAUCCGCCUCUGCAGGAGACGUUCUUUAAGGAUGAUGCUAAUCAUGAUCCACAAUGGUCUGACCAGCAAAUUAUUUCCGCAGACUUCCAAAUGGGCGGUAGAAAGAUAACGAAGGACGAAGUAGAUAUUAUGAAACGCACUACUGUUGUCAUUUUUGAGAUUCUUGAGAGAGCUUGGGCAGUGCGUAAUAGCUCGCUGAUAGAUAUGAAAAUAGAAUUCGGUGUGGACUCGAAGGGAGAGAUUUUGUUAGCUGAUAUUAUUGACAGCGAUUCCUGGAGACUUUGGCCUUCUGGAGAUAAGAAACAGAUGAAAGAUAAACAAGUAUACAGGGAUCUUUCCAAUGUAACACAACAGAAUUUGGAGACUGUAAAGUGUAAUUUUAAAUGGGUAGAAGAACAGUUGGAUUAUGUUAUUGAAGCACCCACUCCAUUGGUUAUUAUACUUAUGGGUUCACCAUCCGACGAGGGACAUUGCCGAGAAAUUGCAAAGCAUGCUACAGCAUUAGGCCUAAAACCCCAACUCCGAGUCUGCAGUGCUCAUAAGGGUACUGAGGAAACUCUAAAUAUUCUUGCCGAAUAUGAAGGCAGCGAAAACGUGGUACUGAUAGCGGUAGCCGGUCGCAGCAAUGGUUUGGGUCCAGUACUCUCCGGCAAUACGGUCUUGCCUGUCAUAAAUUGCCCACCUUUGAAAUCGGACAACAUUGAACGAAGCGUGUGGUCCUCGCUUGACGUUCCUUCAGGCCUUGGGUGUACGACAGUCGUGCAUCCUGAAGCAGCUGCACUCGCGGCGGCGCAAAUCCAUGCGAUGCAGAAUCACUUGGUUUGGGCUCGUUUACGAGCGAAGCAACUCUCCAACUUUAUAAAUUUAAAACGAACCGAUGUUGAAUUACGGAAGUUGUAAGCAGUGUUCCGGCUAAACAAUAAAUAGCAAUCCAUUGCUUUUUCCAGAAUCUCAUGGAUUAUAUUACAUAUAAUAGAUUAUAUACAUUGUAAUACGAUCGUGAAAAGAAUUGUGCAUUUUUUUACACACAUUUUAGUGUAUUAGUUCAUUUUGAAUACUACUUUUGCUAAAGUAUUUUGUAGAAAGCGAUUGUUCUUUAUUUUUAUUUACGUAUUUGUUGCCCAUCCAUGUAGAUCGAAAUGAAAUGCUCGUCUUAUUAAAGUAACAGUGUGACUGUGCCAUAGAUUGUGAUACGACCUGAAUUUUAUUGUAUCAAUGAUCACGUUAGCUCUUUUCAUAUAUACUUUACUGUUAUUGAUUCUAGUAAUACUUUACUGGUUUCAAGUAUGCAAUAUUCAUCUAUUUUCAUUUAAACAAAUUUUUGAAUAAUGUA